AUGGGUGAGGGUGGCGAUCUGAACCACAUGAACGGUAUGGGCAACAUGACCGCUGACGGCAUGGUCCACCCUUUUGGUCUCAUCCCCACCUCCGAUAGCAUGAACAACAUGGGCAACAACCAGGAUCAACUGUCGAGAUCCAGCAGCAUCAAUAGAAUUGAUGAUCAGAAUCGUGACCGGAGAAGCAUGACUGGUUCCGCUAUGGGUGGAACCACUCGCGGAGGCAGCUUCGACCAGACUUAUAACGGUCAGGAAGUUAACAACAACAUGACCGCCAACAUCAACCCCCAGCUUGCCAACUACAGCAUGCCCCAGCAGCAGAAUGGCAUGCAAAUGUUUGGUGGAUCGGGCGGUACCGAUUGGUCCCAGAUGUUCCAGAAUGGUCCCGAACGCAAUCAAACCCGUGCUUAG